GAGAGCCCCUUAUUUGACGUUGCCACUGGUGUGCUACAAUACGCAGCUUGCAAAUAAGGCUAUACCAUGGCUGUUGUAAGGCAAAGUGAUAGCGUGGAUUGCGAGUUGAUUGCACGAGUUACAGACACUCUGCAGGCUCAUGAACGUUUCUUACUUCAGUUGAAGAAUGGUGAUGAGAAACGCGAGCAGAAUGCUUUCAGUUGCCACGAGAAGGCAGUUGCAAUUCUUGAUAAUUUGAGAGAGCUCAAGAGCAGACUGGAAGGCAAUCAUUUCGAGAUGCAACAGCUACAUCUCGACCCUGAUGCAGCAACACAACUGAAGCUGCUUACUGUCGUGCACACACCUGCCACAAUGACUGAAGAUCAUCGUGACAAACUUGCCGUUCAAAUUGCAAAGCGUUUUGCAAAGAUUUGCAAGAAGGUUUUAUUUGCUUGUGUAAUGACAUGCCCAUGGUUUGCAGCGUCUCAGAGUGAGGAGACGGCCAGAGCUAAACACAACGUUUUGUUCGUUGUCUUUUUGGUCAAUGAAGAGCAUUUCCUCUCACUUGCAACACCACAUGAAAAGGAGCUACAAGAAGUGAUAAACGAGGAUUGGUUGUGUGCUGUUGAAGCUCGGCAUUUUAGCCACCACCUGCAAAGAGGCAAUAUUCGAUUUGCUGAAGCAUUCGGUUCACCAGAAAAUGGUGUGAUUAUUAACACCAGUGAGUUUCAGCAGUUGCAGCUGGAUGUGUCACCCGACCAGUUGAUCAACAAACAUCUGCUGGAAAAAUGUCGUGGCCAGGCUUUUGGAGGAGUGUUCAAGAAAAAGAAAGAUGGCCGUCUGGUGAUGAAAGAAGACACAACUUUGCAGAAAAUAUGUGAUUCAUUUAGGCUAUUAAAUUAUGCUCGACAGGCAGUUACUGAGCAUCAACUAACCAUCGGAGUGCGUGUGGAGUCCAAUUCUGAUGCACAGCAAGUUGUUCGUCUUCUGGGCCAGCUGCAAGAGGAUCACAUUUCACGAGAUCAAUUAUUGGGGCAUCUGUUGCAAUGGAAAAGCCAAGUUGACGAUCUCUGUGAACAAGCCAAAGACCUCAAGACAUCAAAUGUCAGUGAAAGAGUUAAAAAAUGGCUAUGGCAGAUUCGAACAGUUGACAUAUCACUGGCACCACCACAAGAGCCUGGACCUGAUGCUCUAGCAAAAAUUCAAGAAAUAGGAAAACUGGUUGGAAGUCCUCUCAGUGAACUGCAGCCUAAUAGCCUGGUGGUCCUCUGUAAGGCAGGCAGUCAUAUGUACAACCUGUCAACACCACAGUCAGACACUGACUAUCUGGCUGUGUACGUUGAACCUCAUGACAGAAUAUUUUCAUCAUCAGAUUCAUUGAAGGAAGCAUUGGACACUCGUGGUCAGCACAACAAGUACAACGCAGAAGUAGCCGGGUACGAAGUCCGGCUAUUCUGUGAGAUGCUCCUUAAAGGAAGUGUCAACAUAUUUGAAUUACUCUUUUCUGACAACUUUGCAUAUGAGAGCACAGCAUGGAAGGACUUGCGAGCCAAACGAGAGCAAUUCAUGACUGAAAAGGUGAUCCUCCAAUAUCUCGGAUAUGUGAAGACUCACAUGAAAUUGAUUGAGGGAGAAAAACACAAAGGCACUCCCCGAGAGCAAAAGCUUUUUUAUCAUGUCUUGCACAAGAUGGCUAGUUUGGAGAGGUUUGCAAAAGGUAAAUUGCCACAGAUUCAGCUCAGCGGCAGUGAAAGAGAUUUUAUUCUUAGCGUCCGGAAAGGCCCACUAACGGGAGGGUUGGACAGAGACAAGCUCUUACAUGAUGCUAAACAACGUCUCCAAGUUAUCCGUCAUGAGCUAUGUAGUCGAACUACGAGACUACCAGAGUUGGGCAACUACAAGGUCCUCCAAGACUGGCUGAUUCGUCUAAGACUGAAGCUGUAG